AUGUGAUAAAAAUAAAUAAAUUUUGUAUAAUAAAUAAUAUUUGUUUAUUUGUUGAUGAGUUAAUUAUUAUAAUUAUGAUUUUAAAAUAUUUAGGUUGUGUAUUGGCUGGUAAUGAGGGUGAAAAUCGUGCUGUCAGUAUUGCUUGGUCACCAAAUAAUUUAAAAUUAGCAGUUGCUUUGGCAGAUAGAUCUAUUUAUCUUUUUGAUGAGACAGGAGUUAAGAAGGAUCGUUUCUCUACAAAACCUGUAGAUUCUAAGUAUGGAAAAAAAAGUUAUGUUGUAAAAGCAAUAGCGUUUUCUCCGGAUUCAACUAAAAUUGCUGUUGGACAAACAGAUAAUAUUGUUUAUGUAUAUAAAAUUGGUGAAGAUUGGGGUGAAAAAAAAGUUAUUUGUAACAAAUUUGCGCAAAGCUCAUCAGUAACAUGUAUGAUCUGGCCAACAGAGGGUCCAAUAAUUGUUGGUUUGAGUGAUGGAAAAGUUCGUGUCGCUAUUUUAAAAGCUCAUAAAGCACAAACACUUUAUACAGCAGAUGCAAUGACAAUAGCUCUAGCAUCAAAUGAAAAAAAAUCAGGAUUUUUAUCAAGUCAUGCCGAUGGAAGUAUUAUACGAUACAAUUUAAAAAGUGAUGGUGUCACUGAACCAUCAGGUAGAAUCUUAACUCACGGAGUACCUGCGUAUGCUUUAGCUUGGCCGCAUGAUCAUAUUUGUGCCGGAGGAAGUGACAAAAAAUUUAUAGUCUACGAUUCUCACGGUAAAGUAAUCAAAACUUUCGAUUACUCGCGCGACAAUACGGACAAAGAGAUAACAGUCGCAUGCUGCAGUCCAAGUGGACAAAGUGUAGCCAUUGGAUCGUGGAAUCGAAUUAGAAUAAUUGAUUGGAGUCCACGUCGUGCUGUUUGGGAAGAAACGAAUACUCGCGUACUGCCAAAUUUCUAUACAGUUACGGCUUUAGCAUGGAAACGAGAUGGUUCGCGUUUAAUAAUUGGAGGUCUUUGCGGUGUCAUUGAACAAUUUGAGACUGUUUUGAAACGUGCGAUGGUAAGAGGAAGUCACGAAGUUGCUUACGUAGGUCCUAGUCAAGUUGUCGUGCGAUCUUUAAGUGGUUCAAACCGUCCAGUCAGCAUUAAAUCUUACACAGGAAGUGAAAUUGAAGAUGUAAGAAUUCUAGGCCGUAAAGACAAUCAUAUAAUAGCUCGUACCAGUUCAACUUUACUUAUCAGUGACAUCACGUUGAAUUUACUGAGUGAAAUACCCUGGGAAGAUAAAUCAAAUAGUGAGAAAUUUUUUUUUGAAUAUCCUGGUGUCUGUUUAAUAUUUUCGUCCGGAGAACUGACAAUUGUCGAGUACGGAAAAAAUGAAAUACUGGGGUCAGUAAGAACUGAAGCUGUUAAUCCACAUGUUGUAAGCGUACGCAUAAAUGAACGACAGGUUCUAGGUAUGCCAGAGAAUAAACGUCUUGCUUAUUUACUGGAUUCUCGGACGGUACGAAUCGUUGAUUUAAUAAACGGAUCAACAAUAAGUAUUAUUGGUCAUGACGCACGUGUAGAUUGGUUGGAGUUGAGUGAAACAGGCCACAGAUUAUUGUCGCGAGACAAAAAAGCUCGACUGUGGCUGUGCGAUGACAAAGGUAGCAGGAUAUUGCUGUUAACUGGGACGGGUUUUGCUUCAUGGGUGCCUGGAAGUGAUGUGGCUGUUGCUCAGACUGGUGAUAAACUUGCAGUUUGGUAUAAUGUUGACGCACCGGAAGCAUCGACACUUAUUUCUAUACGUGGUGAUGCUGUAGAUAUUGACCGCGAUGAUGGAAAGACGGCAGUUAUUGUUGAAGAAGCUGGUUCUCGUGUGAAUUAUCCAUUAGACGAAGGGUUGAUUGAAUUUGGUACAGCUUUACAUGAUAAUGAUUUCGGUCGAGUUAUUUUAUUUCUUGAGGACUUGGGCGAUAGACCGGAAGCUGAAGCCAUGUGGGAAAACGUUGCGCGCAAUGCUAUGACUGAGAGAAAAUUUUUGAUUGCUGCAAGAUGUUACGCAGCAUUAGGAGAUGUUGCCUACUCGAGUUUUUUGAAAGAUAUUGUGAGAAUUGGUGAAGAAUAUUAUCAAGAAACGGGUAAUGAUCCUCUGACAAGUCCUGAAUGUUGGGCUAAAUUGGCUAUUUUAAAUGGAGAAUUAAAAACAGCCGAAGCGAUUUAUCUUGAACAGAAUGAACUAGACAAAGCAUUGGAAAUGUACCAAAAAUAUUGGCACUGGGAGGAAGCCUUGGAUUUGGCUGAAAAUCGAGACUGGACUGGAUUAAAAAAUCUUAAGGAUAGACAUUUAGCUUGGCUACUUAACAGUGGACAGGCAGCUCGAGCAGCUGUGAUAAUUGAAUCCGAUGAUCCACGUCGUGCUGUCAAACUUUUUUUGGAAGCUGGUCGUGCAGGUCGCGCUGGACGACUUCUUUUGUCAAACGAAUCUCUAUUAGAAGACUCUAAAAUUACUGAUGAAGUAGUCAAAGCACUUAAAUCAUCAGACUUGAUGGAACUAGCUGGAGAAAUUUUAGAAAAAACAAAUGACACUUCUGGUGCUAUCAAGUGUUAUCAAGAAGCUGGAAUUUUUGCACGAGCUCUAGAUUUGGCAAGAUCUGUUGAGCCAAAUUCUGUUGUGAGUAUUGAAAAAGAUUGGGGUCAUAAUUUGGCAACAGCUGGUCAUCAUGACGCAGCUAUAAAUCAUUUUAUUGAAGCCGGUGAAAUAGCAUCGGCUUUGAAUUCAGCGAUAAAUGCACGACAGUGGCGUAAAGCUCUUCAAAUAGUUCAGGUAAUUGACAGCGAGGAUUCAGCAAUUCAAGAAAAAUGUUAUAAGCUUGGUGAAUAUUGUGCAUCAAAUGGCGAUACUAAUUUAGCUGAAAAUUUAUUUUUACGUGCUAAAGAUCCAAAACGCGCUAUUGAAAUUCAUAUAAAAACAAAUAACUGGUCACGAGCUUACGAGGUUGCGAUGGAACACAUGGAGUCUACAGAAGCCGUUAAAGUUUUAACAGAACAUGCUGAAAAAUUACAAGAAUCUGGUAACUUCCGUUAUGCCGAAGCAUUGUUUGUUGCUAUUGGUGAGUACGACGCAGCAAUUGCGAUGUACCGUCGUGCUGGUCAUCGGCAUGACAUGAUUCGGCUGGUUGCUGAAUAUCGUCCGGAUUUAUUGAAAACUACUCAUGCAUAUCUAGCACACGAAUUGGCAGCAGCUGGGAAAGCGCGUGAAGCUGAAGAACAUUUCAUUGGAGCCGAAGACUGGAGAGGGGCAGUGGCUGCUUACAAGGCAGCAAAUUUAUGGGAAGAUGCUUUAAGAGUUGCUAAGCAGGCGUCUGGUGAUACUGCAGCUCAGCAAGUGGCGCUAAUGUGGGCACGUACUCUAGCACCGGAAUUGGGCGCUCGACUUUUGAUCCGACUUAAUUAUUUUGAUCCAUGUCUACUGAUGGCCUGCGAGGCUAAUCUAUUUGAUUGGGCACUGGAGGCUGUGAGAUACGGAACUCCGGAACAGCAGCAAGAAGUUCAUUACAAGUAUGCUAUGGCACUGGAGGAUGAAGGCAAAUUUGCUGAAGCUGAAAAAGAAUUUAUCAGAGCUGGGAAAGCUACUGAAGCUGUACAAAUGUAUAUUCAUACGAGAGACUGGGAUGCUGCGGAAGAAGUUGCUCAGUCAGUAAGUCAAGAAGCCGUGGCGCAGGUUCUGGUUGCCAGAGCUGCUGAAGCUGUUGAUAAUAAAGACUAUGCGUUUGCUGAGUCACUUUUACUAAGAGCUCACAAGCCUGAAAUAAUUAUUGACCAUUACAAGUCAGCAGGAAUGUGGUCAGAAGCGAUGCGAGUUUGCCGUGAGUAUCUUCCAAGUCAUGAGGCAGCUUUUCGUCGUGAAUUAACGCACAAAAGUUCCGGAAUAGAUGGAACAAGUAGUUUAGAUGAAGCAAGACGUUGGCUAGAAACCGGAGAAGUUCGCACUGCGUUAGAUAUUUUGAUCAUCGAUGCAUCACGUCCAGCACUAAUCCAAGCAGCAGAUAUUUUAUUAAAUCAAGCAGAUCCUGAAACGGCUCUUCAAGUUGGCGGUGAACUGGGUUCUAAAUUAGUCGUUGCAGGAGAACACGCAUUAGCAGCUCAGGUUUAUCUUCAAGCAGACAAAAUGAAGGAAGCUAUUAAUGCGCUAGUGUCCGUUGGAGAUUGGAUGAGAGCUCGACGGAUUGUUCACGAACUUGCACCAGACUUAGAAUCUUAUUUAGAUGAUAAGUAUCGUGAGAGUGCACGAGACAAUGCCAUUGCUAUGACUGAUAAUGAUCUAAGUGGACGAGGAGAACGUGAUGCUGAUAAAUCUUUGGAAAAUCUUGCUCGUAAGGGACAAUGGAUCCAAGUAUUUGAAAUAGCCAGUACAUUAAAUACCGAAGUCUUACACAAAUAUUUAGCACAACGUGCUGCUCAAUUACUUAAAUCUGGAACACCAGAGCCAGCUUUGCAAUUAUAUUCACAAUACGGAGCACCUCCUAUUGCCCAGUACCAUAAUCUUUAUUAUCGUUUAGCGGAAAUGAUUUUAAAUUUGUAUGAAGGAUCUCCUGAAUCACGAUACACACGUUUAUCACAGCUACGUACUUUUUUACUGGGCCUUACAAAACAAAUAGAAGGUUCGUCAGCAAGUGAAGAAAAGUUUGGAAGAUUACUUCAAGCUACUCAUUACUCAGCUGUAAAAUGCGCUUGCCAGCUGUUUCCAAAUCUCGCUAAUCUUGUUACCAAGACAUCAGUCUCUCUUCUGAGAUACACAGACGUUGUACUCGCUGAUCGUUGUUACUACGAAGCAGGAGUUGAAUUACGCAAAUCUGGAUCCCACAGCGAGGCUUUUGUCUUCCUAAAUCACUUCUUAGAUCUCGAAGAAUGCAUAGAAGAAGGUGAUGGAAGCAUUUUAGAUGUUGAUGAUCUUCGAAUUACUGACUUCCCUCUAGAAGUUCCCCUUCCUGGGACACUCAGUCUGACGCAAGAAGAGCGAGAGGAUGUACGCGAGUGGGUGCUGGCUGUGUCAAUGGAUCAGAAAAUUGAACAGGGUCUGCCAGUUGAUCAGCGAGGAGUUUACAUCGGGUCUCUCACCUGUCCUGCAAAUGGUUCAGCUGCACUACAACCUUGUGCUUUAACUGGAUAUCCAAUUCGUGCUUCUGUUGUCAGGUUUGAAGGAAGUAAUCGCGUUGUUGAUCGCGAUGAUUGGAAUAAACUGAUGAACGCUGCACGACAAGCUCCCUCUGAAUCGCCACUCAAUGACGUCUUAGUCUUUGUACAAGAAUGGUGUGGCUCAUUACCUAGUUAUACAUUUUAAUUUAUUUUUAUUUACUGAAAAAUUACAAUCUAUCCUAGGAUAUUAAUUCAUUUAGAUGUCGUAGGUAUUUAUUGAGCAUCCAGUGAUGUUUCUUUUUUAGUUUUGACAGAGAUUUUAUUUAUGUAAAACGUUGAAGGAGAUCUAGUGGUUUGAAUAUUUUUAAUCGCUUGACUUCUAAGCUACGAUCCAGUAGUUUAGUUGCCAGCUUAUUCGGAUGUUAAGUCAUCUUAUGUGGUGUCUGGUGCUGUAACACUGAAUUUCUUCCUUGACGGUCAUCAUAUAGAGGUCUCUAUGCAGACUGUUAUUAGAUACCAGGGUGGCCACAAAGAAAUGAUUUCAAAAUUCCCUGAUAUUUCCCGGUUUUCCAGUAAAAUUUUUCACAUUUUUCCCUGAUUCAGAACUUUUCUUUCAUUUAGAUAUUCAAAGUUUUUAUUAUAUUUUCAUUUUCAAUAAUUAAAUUUGAUAGUUAAAUCAUGCGAGAAACCAUAAAAAAUGUCAAUAAAAUAAAUUAAUAUUGCCUAUUUUUGAUUAUUCGAUGUUAAAAAUGUAUAAGUUAAAAUAUUUAAUAAGAAAUUUUGUGAUUUAAAUAAAUUCAAAAUACACUGGUUACAAAAAUUAAGGGAAAUUUCAAAUUUUUUAGUAAUUUUCCCCAGGUUGUAACUCAAAGGAAAAUGGUCGUACAAUAAAAACAAAAAGUCAAACUGUAGCUUCAAGUGUCUAGUUUUCUGAUCUGGGUCUUUAAAUUUUUUUAUUAUGCACGGUUCCGGAGCAAUCAAAAAUCAAUCAUAAUUAUCGAAAAAAAUUUAUUGAAGCUCGAAGACCGUUUUUAAGACGAGCAAAAAUUUGGUAAAUUUCUUUUUCAAUAGUUUUCUUAGGAUUACUCUGGAACCGCACAUAAUAAAAAAAUUUAAAACCCAGAUCAGAAAACUAGACACUUGAAGCUACAAUUUGCCUUUUUUGUUUUUGUCGUAUGACAAUUUUCCUUCGAGUUACAACCUGUUGAAAAUCACUUUAAAAUUUGAAAUUUUUUUAAUAUCCCUUAAUUUUUAUAACUAGUGUAUAAUUUAAAAUUUUUUAAAUUUUGAACUGUUACAAUUUCAUCCCCGGAUACUUUUCGAAAUUCCCUGACAUUUCCAUGAUAUUUCCCGGUUGCAUUAAAUUCCCUGAUAAUUCCCGGAUUUCCCGGUUCGUGGCCACCCUGGUAUGAUACGUACCAGGGUACGUACUAUUGUUCUUAGUGCUUUUGACUGGAAUCGGAUGAUUUCCAGGUUGUACAUUUUAAUUAAUAAGACACUACCGCUCAAAAGUAUUUGGCCACCUGCAUUUUUCUAUGAUCCUGAAGUUAGCAGACAUUUAAAAAUUUUUGAAUUUUCGUUUUGCAAUAAAUCAACUGCAAAAAAAUAAUAUAAAAAUAUGCACAUGUAGAAAAUUUAAAAAACUACAGGUGCAAUUUUUUCAAAUAUUUUUUUAAAAAUUUUUUAUUGUCUAAAAAAAAAUCCAAAAAUUAUUAGACGUCUGCUAACUUCAGUAUCAUAUUUUUCUUUAUAUUCCAAACAAUAAAUCUAUUAAAACAACUUUAUUAGGUUUCAUUGUUAGUAUUCCGUCUAAUAAUUUACUAAUAAAUAAUUAAAAUUACUAUGAAAUCGUUUCACUUAUUCAAACUUUUAAAAAAUACCUUUUUCUGAGUGGCCAAUUACUUUUGAGCGGUAGUGUAUUUUAAAUUUAAAAUCACGAAUAUUAUUUUUUAUUUUUUUUAUUAAAAUCAGACCGACCUGUUGUCACAUAUUCAAUAUUCAUUUUUCAAUGUACACUUACUACAUAAAAUAAUA